GUUUUAUGUUUGUUUUGAAAUUUGAAAUUGAAAAAAAAAGAAUUUUUAUUAAAUUAAGUGAAAAUGGAGACUUUAAAGAUAUUAGAAAACCCAAAUAUAAGUGAAGAACAAAAGGCUAAAGUGAUUAAUGAAGUUAGUGAAUCGUUUGAUGCACUUAUUGCCGAUAAAAACUAUAAUGUUAUUGAAGUCCUUAAUAUUUUUAUGAAUUAUCUCAAUAAUGGGGAAUAUCAAUUUUUCUCGGAAAGUCCAACACAAAAGACUCGAAAACAACUUUUGGAAAUGAUGCAUAGACUACCGGUGUCCGAAACUAUUCGUCCUCAUGUAAUUUCAGUCUUAUCGCUUAUGCUUACACUUAUAAGAGAAGAUAACGAAGAAAAUGUCCUUAUAUGUUUGAGAAUCAUAAUCGAUUUACACAAGCAGUAUCGACCACCAUUUUAUCCACAAAUUAAAGAAUUUUUGGCAUAUAUUCAAAACAUUUACUCGAACCUGCCACAUAAAAUGAUUAAAAUUUUCGACCCUCGAUUCUCCAGGCUAGAUAAGGCAAAUUUUAAUAUUGAUGAUAUCUACACAUUAACUGAUAAAAUUAUGCCAAAAGGAAGAAAUUCAUUCAAAGUCCUUCAAGAGCUUCCUAUCGUUUUGGUUCUUUUGUAUCAGCUUUACAAACAAAAUGUUCACGAUCAUGUUGUAGUCUUUUUGCCAGCCAUUCUUAAUACGAUUACUUUGGAACCUAAAAAAGAAUUUCGCGAUCAUGAAAUAUUUAAUAGGGAACUGUUUGUGGAUUUCCUAGGAGCACAGAUAAAAACUCUUGCGUUUCUUGCGUACACAAUAAAAACAUUUUCUGGAGGUCUUAUGGAAAUCAUUGAGAAUCAUGCUAAAACUUUGGUCGAAGGGAUGAUUUUAUUAUUACGUCUAUGCCCUAAAGAAGUUGCUCAUUUGAGGAAAGAGCUUCUUGUUGCUACUCGCCACAUAUUGGCAACAAAUUUGAGAACACAUUUCAUACCUUCGUUAGAAUUACUUUUUGAUGAAGACUUACUACUUGGAAAAUCUGGAUAUACCGCAUUAUGCUCCCUACGUCCUUUAGCAUUUUCUACACUCGGAGAUUUUAUACAUCAUGUACGAAUGGAAUUGAACCUUGAAGUUUUAUCCAAAGCUAUUCAGUUAUUCUCAAAAAAUGUUCAUGAUGAAACCCUUCCAUUAGCCAUUCAAAUCAUGUCAAUAAGACUCUUACUAAAUCUUGUUGAAUGCAUUAGAACACAAAGGCAACUGGAUAUGAACGUUAGUGAUGCAAGCAUUCGUAAAACUCUUCUACAAAAUAUGAUGAAAGUUUUCAUUCUUAAGUUUCAUACAAUUGGUAAAAUGCAAAUGCCAAUAAUAACGGAGAAAUGGAAAUCAACAGGUAAUCAACAAUUGACAUCAAGUGGCGUGGCUGACUCUACAACGAAAGAAUUUACAUCUGUUGAAAUAAUACCAGAAGCUAUAUCAAAAUUAACAAGUAUAGGUUUUACACCUCCAUCAAAUUUGAAUCUGACUGAGUACAAACUAUUGAUAAAAUCUCUUAUUGGUGGAAUCAAAACAAUCAUGUUUGGCAUAAGCUUUAUUGACAAUGGAGCACAGCCGAAUCAACAAAUCUCGAUUGUCUUGUCACCUCAAGAAGUACAGUAUUUUAUUAAUUUCUUUAAUUGGUCACUAGAAGCUUUUUAUGUUUAUCGAAUCAACACUUUCGGAAAUAACCAACAGAAACUAGCAUUAUCAGUUGCUGCUCAGCGAGAAGAAAAGGAGUUAUUGGAACUAUUUAGUGGCUUGUUCUUGAAUCUUUCAAGCCAAAACUUUCAAGAAAUUUUUACUGCUUGCAUUGAUACAUUAAUUGAUAAAAUGAAAACAAAUCAAAAUCUUCAAAUAAUCAUUAAUACAUUUUUAUCGUAUCGUGCUACAUCUCCAAUAUUUGCAUCUGUAAUGGUUGAAUUCUUACUUAAGAGAAUGAAAGUAAUUGGUUCAAGUGAUACAGAACUGUCGAAUCUUUAUUUAAAAAUGUACAAAUUGAUAUUUGGAAGCGUGUCAAUGUUUUGUGUUGAAAAUGAAGGAAUGAUUCGACCUUAUCUACAAACUAUAGUUGUUAAUUCAAUGGAAAUGGCAAUGAGGGCUGAAGAACCUUACAAUUACUUUCUGCUCCUAAGAGCUUUAUUUCGAUCUAUUGGAGGAGGGACGUACGAUAUUCUGUAUCAAGAAUUUCUUCCACUAUUGCCAAGCCUUCUCGGUGGACUAAAUAAAUUACAAAGUGGAUGUCAUGAACAACAAAUGAAGGAUUUAUUUGUUGAAUUAUGUUUAACUGUACCCGUUCGAUUAUCUUCAUUACUUCCUUUUUUACCAAUGCUAAUGGAACCACUUGUAUCAGCAUUAAAUGGUUCGCCAACUCUGGUGAAUCAAGGAUUACGAACUUUAGAACUAUGUGUUGACAAUCUUUUACCUGAUUUUUUCUGUGAUCAUAUACAGCCAGUGCGAGCAGAACUCAUGCAAUCGUUGUGGAAGACACUAAGAAACCAUGACAACUCAUCAAUGGGUGCUUUUAGAAUCUUAGGAAAAUUUGGUGGUGGCAAUAGAAACAUGCUAAUAGAGCCACAAAAAUUGGAACAUCAAGACAUAGAACAUGACUACUUGACUCUAAAACUAUCCUAUUCAAAUAAGCGCAUUGAAGUGCCAGCAAAAAACAUAAUUAAGUCUGCUUUCCAAAUAUUAAAAACAUCAAAUGAACCAUUUUACCUUAAAGAAAGUUGGAACGUUGUUAAACUGUUCCUGCUUUCUAAUAUAGAGCUAGAUGAUGAUCAAAAUUUGAUGAUGAAUUUGUUGCAACAAACGGAAUAUAUAGUAAUGGAGAAUAUUGGACAGGAUAUUGUUAAAACUUCCAACAAUGAAAACGAAGUAAUGCAAGUUGCACUUAGUGCCAUGUUUUUGGCAUCUCAUCUGAAGGAUGUAAAGAAAGAGGCACUUCCGAUUACAAUUCACAUAGUGGAAAGAUUAACAAUAAUAGCAAUUGCUUACCAAACUGGAACAAUUCAAAAGACAAGUGAAGAGUCAUUACAAAAACCUUUAUUGAUGUUCGAUGGUUUAUUUUCUUUACUGGAUAGCGAAGACAAAACUAUUUAUAAUUUUGCAAUUUCUAUUUUACAAAUAAUUUUAAAAAUCGCUAUAAAUGUAAUGGGUUCACUUAAUCGAAUUGCCAAUUUACCAAUGACACAAUAUAUGUUUGAGAGAGCAAUUGAUUUGUUAUAUGAAAAAUCAUCAUAUGCUCAAAAAGGAGGAUGCAUUAUUUUGAAAUUUUUAUGUGAACAGCUUCCAGCAUCACUUUUCUUCAAGAAUCUAUUUGCCAUUUUUAAAUCACACUUAUUUGUUAUUCGAGAUUUAUCUGAUAAUGUUUGCCGAGGGACAAUUGAUGUGGCUGAAACAAACAUUGAUUUUUUGUUGGAAAUAAUAAUGAAUUAUGUAAGUUCUAAUAAUAUGACUGAAGAAUAUAUUAAAGUAUAUAAUAGUAUAGUCAAUGAAUUAGUUCUACAAACUGCAAGUCCACAUAAGCUUAUACGACAAGUGGCAACCAAAUCUCUGAGAAAAAUUGCACAAUUACAAAAAACGAAUGUAUCAAAUUUACUGGAGCCGUACAAAAAUUUCUUUACUGAAGUAAUCGUAUUUUCACCAGCCAAAACUUAUCUGCGACAUCAACCAUUAAGCACACAAAUUGGAAUUCUGGAAGCAAAUUAUUUUUGUACAUCAUUAGAACCAAAAUUGAUGAAAUUUGAUAACUUUCAGUUUUUGACUGAUGUGAAAAUUAUUAUCAAAUGUGAUGACGACACAAUGUCAAGAUGUGAUGCUUAUAAAGACCCAAAAGUACUGCCGGAACUAAGAGAAAGCGCAAUGAGGGUAUUGGUAUCAUGGCAUUAUAUUUAUCACAACCAACAUUACGAUACCGAUAAAGUUAAGAACAUUAACUUUUGCGAAGAUGCUUUUAUUACUUUGUUCAAAGCUUUGGAGAAUCAUCAGAACCUUCAAGAAACUGCUUUUGAGUGUCUUAAAAAACUAAUAGACGAUUGCAAAGAAAAAUCUGAAACUGGUUGGCCUGUUCAACAUUCAUUUUUGGAAUCUCUUGGCGAUUAUAAUAGUUGGACCUCAAACAGCAUAAAAAGGCUAUCAUAUUAUUGUUUGCUGUUUCCUAAAAUGUUUACUGAAAAAACGUGUGAGCAGUUAUUCGAGAUUGUAAAGAAGUUAAUUCAAAAUUCAAUCAUUGCAAACAAAGAUCAAAAUUAUUUGAAGAUUGCAAAAACUGGAGAAACAGAAUUGAAAAUAGCAGCAAUUAUUGAUUUGUUUCAUUUGAUUCCAACAUGUUCGGCAAAAUUCGUCAUUUUAUUAAUACGUCUAGUAAUGACAUUUGAGGAAAAUGUUUCAAUUGAAACGUCAUGUCCUUAUAGAGAACCACUGAUAAAAUUCUUACUGCGCUUUCCUGAGGAAACAAUAACAUUUUUACUCGCAGACGAGCAAAUUAAAAACCAGCAGUACAACAGAUUUACAAUUUUCCUUCUCAAAAAUAAAGAUGGAAACGUAUUUAAAUCUGUUAUGGAAAACAGGAGUAGUCGACUCAAAGAAUUGAUAUUGAGAGUAAAUUCAUCACCUAGUAAAAAUGAACAAUAUCAUGCUAUUUUGAUAAUAAGGACAAUAACUGAGCUUAACAAUCAAUGGCUCUCUUCUCAAAUGGGCAUUGUUGAUGCUCUUAACCAUAUAUGGAGAAUCGAUUUGAAUAAAAACGUUGAUCAAUAUAACAUGGUGUGCGAUUACUGGCAUUUGGUGACGAAAAUUUUGUUGCAUUAUUUUGAACACAAUCCAGGAGAUAUUGAUCUUUUGUUUCAAUUACUCAACAUUUUUAAUGUCAGAUUUGUGCCUGAUUUUCAAUUCUUCCGUGAUUUCAUCUAUACUAUUUGUCAAAACUAUACAGUUGAUUGGAAGAGAAAUGCAUUUUUCAUGUUUGUGGAUUAUUAUAAUCGUCCUACAGUGACUACAGAUUUAAAAAUUAAAAUAUUAACGAUGAUUCUUAUACCAAGCUUUGCAAUAAGUUUCGAUAAAGGAGAAGAAAGUCGUUUGAUUAGAGGACUCACUCAAGAUGAAGAAAGUAAUAUAAUUUCAGUAUUUAUUAACAAAAUUGUUAAUCCAUUUAUGAUGAAAGAAAAUGAUGAUGGAUUGAGAAUUGUUCUUCUUCAAUUUGCCUGUUUACUGGUUGAACGUGCAUCUCCAUAUAUUCAAAGUAAUAAAAAAGAAGAUAUUCGACAGCUGACAACUUUCGGAUAUUCAAGUCUGCUUCACUCAAAGAAUUUUUGGGAUCCAACUGCUGUAUAUAACGGACAUUUACUUCUUUCGCACAUUAUUGCUAAACUUGCAAACAAAAAAUCAUGGCAAGAAGUGGUUUUUAAAGUUUUCCAUUCUCUCCUCAAAGCACAUGCUAUCGAAGCUAGAAAUAUAGUCCGUCAAACAUUAGAAGUGUUUAUGCCAAUGAUGCCGCUUAAAAUGAAUGAUCAAUCAAAUUUGUCAUUGAUUAAUCUUACAAAAUCAGUAAUUAUAAAAGAUGGACAUGCAAUAUUACAACUUUAUCAUGUAUUUCAAGUUAUAAUUCGACAUCAUUCUAUUUAUUAUCCAGUAAGGCAUGAGAUUAUUCAAAACAUGAUUCAAUCAAUGCAAAGACUAGAAUCAUCAAAUUCUAUAGACUAUAGAAAAUUAGCUAUUGAUAUUGCUGAAGUAAUAAUAAAUUGGGAAUUAAAAAGAAUAAAAGACAAUGCUGAAGAACAAGAAAAAAUGACAACAACAGGUGGGAUUAAAAGAAGUCACCAAGAGUUGCUACAAUCUACUAUAAAAAAGCAAGCCAUCGGAGAAUAUUCACCACAACCAGGAACAUCUCAAAUGUCCUUAAUCUCAAUUGACGAUACAUCAAACAAGCCAAUCGAAUGGAUUCAUUGUAAAUCUGUAAUAAAUUUUCUGUUUGAUUUACUUUUCAUGCUAAGUGAGCAAAUUACAACGCAAUUGUCAUCAAUCGUCUCCCCCAAUGAAGUAAUAUCAAAGCACAGUUUAAAUUUAUUGAAAAAAGUUCUUAAAAAAGAAGUUUGGAUAAAAGAAAACGAAGAUUUACAACUGACUCGUCUAAAAAAAGUUUUUGAGGAGCCAUCAAAAGUCAGUAGUACAACUGUUUGCAAUUUCCUGGAAAUUUUUAUUCAUCUCUUAGAUGAAUUAGAUGAAACAAAAUUACUUUUGAUUAUAAAAACUCUUCAACCUGGUUUGGCAAUUUGUAUUACAAGUGCACAAACAAAAGUUUUAAGAUUGAUGUCUACAUUCCUAUCCAAAUUAUUCAGUUUAUUUCCACCUGAAAUUUACAUGAAGCACGAUGAAUUAAGAUUCUUGUAUCAAACAGUUGAAAAAGCUAUAAGAAAUGGACUUGAAGUUUUUGAAAAGGAUACUGAAACUCCAACGGCGUCAUUUUUUGGAACCUUCUUAAUACUUAAGACUGCUUUUUCAAAUGACAGUAAAUAUUUUGAAAAGUUUGUAGAAAAGUUCACUCGAUUUGUAGUUUUGCUGAAAACAGACCAUCUAAAUGUUAAUUCUCAACAACAGGCUCCAUCACAAACCCCGUCACCAAAUAAUGAAUUAACUAAAGAAAUGCUGAUGCAAUCAUUGCAUUUAUUGAAGAUUUAUUUAAGCAUAAUGUCAACUGAAACACGCAAAACUUAUAUAAAUGUGAUCCUGAUCGACCUAAUUGAAAAGAGCAGCGAUUCAAAAAUAAUCAAAACUAUUAUUCAGCUUCUUGAAAGUUGGUUUCAUUUGAAAGAUCCACUUAAUGAACCAUGCUUAAGAGAAAAAGUAUUACUUUUACAAAAAUUAACUUACCAUGUUGAAAACAGAUUUAGUAGUGAUUCUGCUCUAAAUGGUCAAUUCUUAGAGUUGAUUUAUUACAUAUUCUCCAAUCCACAAACAAAUACUAUUGAACUAACAUCAAGAUUAGAUCAUGCAUUUUUAGGUGGCUUAAAGUGCACUCAGUAUGAUAUAAGGCAGAAAUUUUUCACAUAUUUUAACAAAACUGUUGAGAAGAGUGUAUACACUCGCCUAAUGUAUAUUCUAUCUACAAGAACGUGGGAUUCAAUAAGCCAUCAUUAUUGGAUAAAACAAUGUAUUGAAUUAUUAUUUCUUACUGUCGAUUGUGACAGUAUAUUUAAUAUGACAGCCAAUAACCACAAACUUCCUAAGAUAACAAAAUCUAUCGAUAUGAUACCAAUGUUUUGUCAACAAAAUGAAGACUUUAAAGAUUUUGAUUUGAACGAAAACAACGAAGAGAUAAGCAAUAUCGUCAACUCAUACAAUGCUAUUGGAAGUCGUGAUCUGUUUAUCGCAAAACUUGCAUCAUCGCAAAUGAAAUUUUCGAAAAUAUCACAUGAGUUAAAUACUGAAAAUUUCCUAAAAGGUGUUGUUCAAAUUUGCCAUGUUGACAAAAAACUUUCGGAAAAAUUGUGGAUAAAAGUGUUUCCACAGUUAUGGUCUAACUUCGAUUAUUCACAACGCCUUGAGUUGACAAAAGAAAUUAUCCCGUUUCUAUCAAAUGGAACAAAAAUAAAUUUAAAUGGCGUCAACCAGAGUGCUCUUAAUACAUUUGUUCAAGCUCUUUCAAUUUGUAAUCCACCAGUGCCAAUGUCACCGAAAUUGUUAAAAUCUAUUAGCAAAAUUCACAAUACUUGGCAUACAGUUGCUUUGUUGACUGAAGAUAUGUUUGAAAGCUUCAUGAAGGAACGAGAAAAUUUAGAAAUAUCAGAAUUCGAUGAAGAGCCAGAAGAUGAAAUGUUAAUCGAGGUUUUUGGAUCACUUUCAAGUCUCUACUCAUCGUUAAAGGAAGAAGACUUAUGGGCUGGUCUGUGGAAAACCCAUGCCAAGUAUCCAGAAACCAAUAUUGCUAUAUUUUAUGAACAAAUGGGAUAUUUUGAAGAAGCUCAAAAUAAUUAUGAAAAUGUAUUGUUGAAAUUCAAACAAGAUGUAUCAAAUGGAAUGAAUACUGUCUCUAUAAGUGACGAAAUUGAAUUGUGGGAAGAUCAUUGGAUUCGAUGUACAAGAGAAUUGAAUGAUUGGAGCAAUUUACUAAGCUAUACUGCAACUAAUAAGGAUAAAUUUAUACUUCAUAUAAUAGACUGUGCGUGGAAAAUGUCUGAUUGGAACUUAAUGCAUCAAUCAUAUUUAAGAGCUGAGCAGCUAAUUUCUAAACAAAAUGAUAGUAAAGUAGGAUUAUAUGGUGGAUAUAUUUCUCUUUUGUGUCAAAAGGAAACUGUUAUUGCAAAAUACAUAGAAAAUGCUUCUAUGGCAUCUUUACAUCAGUGGAGACAUUUGCCUCACGUUAUUUCAAAUGCACAUAUUCCAAUUCUGCAAAACGCUCAACAAAUCAUGGAAUUGCAAGAAGCUGGUCAAAUACAUCAAGAUCUUUUAAGAAAACAAGCUUUACCGUUUCAUGAUAUGAAAAGUAUCAUCAAAACAUGGAGAAAUAGAUUACCGAUAAUAUCUGAUGAUUUGUCACAUUGGAAAGACAUAUUUACAUGGCGUCAACAUCAUUAUAAAUUAAUUGUUGAAAAUGCGAGCGGCAGUAACCAUGUGGUAGCAAAUUUAGGAUCUCAAGCAUCAGCACAAACCUAUAUAAAGUUUGCGAAAAUUGCAAGAAAGCAAAACUUGUCGGUUUCAUGUCAGAAAUCUUUAACAGAAAUUGAUUCGAUCGCAUCGAUCCCAAUAGCAGAUUGUUUCCAAAAAAUCGUCCAACAAAUCAAAUAUUUCAUGAAUUUGUCACAAUAUGCCAGUGAUCCGAAAAUUAAUCUUACAGAUGCAUUGAAAAUUGUUGAAAAUGUCAACUUUGAUUUAUUUCAGCCUGAAUUGAAAUCAAUUUUGCAUGGAUAUAAAGGAUAUUUGCAAACAUAUUUAGGAAACACAGCAGAUGCUAAUAAAUUAUUUCAAACUGCAGUUGAACUAUGUGAUAAUUCGACGAAGGUAUGGGCAUUUUAUGGAGAAUAUAUGGAAAAUCUUUUUAAAAGAAAUCCUAAAAAAGCAGUAUCGUCAGGAAUAUCAGCACUAACUUGUUUCCUUCAUGCAUCUCGUGAGCACAAUGAAAUGAAAUCAAGAAAAUACUUGGCGAAAGUUCUAUGGCUUUUAACAUACAAUGAAACUCGAACUGACAUGUUUAAGGUUAUGGACAAUUAUAUGUUUGGAAUUCCAAUGAUUAACUGGCUUUCAUGGAUUCCUCAGCUUUUUAAUGCAUUAGUUCAAUAUGAAUGUGAUACAAUUAUGAAUUUGCUUAACCAAAUAGCAAAAAUAUUCCCACAAGCUGUUUAUUUUCCCAUUCGAACACUUUAUUUGAUGUUGAAAAUUGAACAGCGUGAGAGAUAUAAAAACAUUGAACAUUUCAAGAGCUUUGGAGAUCAACCAGGAACUUCUACAAUGAAUCAGUCUAAUAUGUUGUCAAUGAAAUCAACACCAGCAAUGUGGCGAUGCUCUAAAAUUAUGCAACUAGUAAGAGAAGUUCAUCCAACAAUUGUCUGCUCUUUAGAAAAUAUUUUAGAUCAGCUAAUGUCAAAGUCAGAUAUAGAUGGAACACGUUGGUUCCGUGAAAAUGUAUUUGAAGAAAACUUGCAUCAAUUAAAACAAGGUUUGGCAAAAUGCUAUGGAAUCGCAUUUGAUAAUCGACUUUCAAUAAAUGAAGCAACUACUACUCAGCACACUGUGAAUUUUAUAAGGAAAUUGAUUUCAAAUUUUUCAAUAGCAUCUGAAAAUGCAUCAGAAAAUUUACUACAAGAUCCAGUUUUUAAUAAACUUCGUCAACAAUUCAUAGAAGGAUUUAAUUUUCAACAGCCUGAAAGUAACAAACUAAUAGAUCUCAUAAAAAGACUAAAAGCGUGCAUAAAAAUUAUGGAGAUGAAAGUUAAAUAUUUGUCAAAAUCUUUUUUGAUAGAAGAAAAAUACAGAUUUUUAUCAAACUUUAGUAAUAAAACUGCAGAGAUCGAUUUGCCGGGAGAGCUUUUAUUACCACGACAUUCACAUUAUCAUAUUAAAAUAGCAAAGUUCAUGCCAAGAGUUGAAAUCGUACAAAAGCAUAAUACUUCAGCAAGAAGAGUUUUAAUACAAGGAACGAACGGAAAGAUUUAUCCCUACUUAGUUGUCAAUGAUUCGGGAAUGAUAGAUGCAAGACGAGAAGAACGAGUACUUCAACUAUUAAGAAUGCUCAGUGGAUAUUUGACUAAAUUUAAGGAGACCAGUAGACGAUUCCUCUCGAUAACCAUACCUCGAGUGAUUCCAAUAUAUCCACAAAUGAGACUUGUUGAAGAUAAUCCAUCAAGUAGUUCACUUUUGGAUAUACUAAAGAUGCAUAGUUCUAAAUCAAAUACUGACUACAAUGCUGCAAUAUCUAGUUAUUAUGAACGAUUAAUUGAAAUUCAACGACGAGGUGCUCAAACAAGUCAUAUGAUACUCAAAGAUAUUUUCCUUGAGAUUCAAAAGAAAAUGAUUCCUAAAACAAUUUUAAAAGAUUGGGCAAAUCAAGCAUUUACAUCAUCUACCGAUUAUUGGACUUUCAGAAAGAUGUUUACACUUCAACUUGCACUUUGGUCUACAGUUGAAUAUGCAUUUCAUUUAACAAGACUUAAUCCAGAGCAAAUGUAUGUGCAUCAAGAUUCCGGAUUAAUAAACGUGUCUUAUUAUAAGUUUGAUUUGGAUGAUUCAAAUGGUGAAAUGAGUUCACUAAAACCUGUACCAUUUAGGCUUACUCCAAACAUUACUGAAUUUAUAUCAAAUGUAGGAGUAUUGGGUCCAUAUACAGCUUGUAUGAUGGCUACUUCCCGAUGCUUUUUGCAGCCAAAUUUUCAGGUUCCAACAAUUCUAAGAACUAUUCUGCGCGAUGAAUAUAUUAUGUAUUUCCGUCGUAUUAUCAUGAAUUCAACACCAAUUGAUUUGAAUGAUGAUCUUUCACAAGAUAAAAGCUACAAUGAAAUUAAUUCAGAUAACGUUAUUGAAUCAAUAGAUAAGUCAGUAAACCUUGCGUUGAAACGCUUGGAAGAAAUAAUGACAUUUGAUACAACAGAAGAUGAAACAAAAGUUUCACAACUAAUUGAAAAAGCCAGAAACCAAGACUUUUUAUCUCAUAUGGAUCCUAUUUGGUUCCCUUGGUUCUAAAAAACUAUGGUUUAAUAUUCUUUGUAGAUUUAGUAAUGUAUUCAUAAAAUAAAAAAAAA